UCUCGACAUCCAUCCGCGCCCCCGAGGACAGCUCGGCACCCCGCCCGCGCUCGCGCGCUCCUCUGUUUGUGCGUAAAGACCGCGGGAAGGGGCUGAGCGCGUGCAAGGCAGGACCGGGUCUGCUUCGUUCCGGCGGCGGAUGCUCUGCUGAGAUCUUCAGGCGGCACGAGCGCACGGAGACCUGAACCUCCAGAAACUCCAUGAUCGUGGACCAGCUUGAAGAAGACCUCCAUGUGGAUCAAGAGUUGAAGAAGAAGCUCCUGAGACUAGUGGUGAGCUAGUCGCUCCACUCUCAGCUCUUCACUUCUGGGUGGCGUCUCCUCCUCCUCUUCACCUUCGUCAGACCAGACCUUUGUCAUGUUUCCCUCUGGCCCCGCCUCCCCCGCCGUCCUCCUCCUCGUCUCGCUCCUCUCGCUGCCCCUCUGCCAGCCGGAGUCGCAGCCCGGCGGGCCGAGCUCCGACCUGGACGUGCGAACGCUCAUCCCCUCUGAGUCGCCGCCCUACUCGCCAACUGCUCUGUCCUAUGCAAACGCCACUCCGCCCGGAAGCAAGGACAAGUGCAAUGAGGUGACGAGGUGCUACCCCGGAAUCCUGCUGCCCGUCUGGAAGCCCGAAAAUCCUGGGCUGGGGUACCAGGUGGCCCGAGCCGUGGUCUACUUCCUGUCACUGAUGUACAUGUUCCUGGGGGUGUCCAUCAUCGCAGAUCGCUUCAUGGCAUCCAUCGAGGUCAUCACCUCACAGGAGAAAGAGGUAACCAUAACGAUGCCCAAUGGGGAAACGUCAGUGGCGACAGUUCGAAUCUGGAACGAAACGGUGUCGAACCUGACCCUCAUGGCUCUGGGCUCCAGCGCUCCAGAGAUCCUGCUGUCUGUUAUUGAGGUGUGCGGUCAUGAGUUCGAGGCCGGUCAGCUGGGCCCCGGCACCAUCGUCGGCAGCGCAGCUUUCAACAUGUUUGUGAUCAUCGGGAUCUGCGUGUGGACCAUCCCCAACGGAGAGUCGCGUAAGAUCAAACACCUCCGGGUGUUCUUCAUCACCGCCUUCUGGAGCAUCUUCGCCUACAUCUGGCUCUACCUCAUCCUGUCGGCCAUAUCGCCGGGCGUGGUGGAGGUCUGGGAGGCCCUUGUCACGCUGCUCUUCUUCCCCGUCUGUGUCCUCCUGGCUUGGAUUGCUGACCGCCGCCUGCUCUUCUACAAGUACAUGGGCAAGCGUUACCGCGCCGACAAGCGUCGCGGCAUCGUGGUCGAGACGGAAGGGGACUUGACUCCCAGCAAGAGCGGCAUGGAGAUGCUCGUUGACGGGAAGUUCCCGCCUCGAGGGAGCGCAGUGGUCCCCGCUGAGAACUGUGGGGGUGGAGCACAGGAUGGGGCCCCUGCAGCCAACAGCGUUGGAGCCGUGGCGACGGGAGGGAACCUGCCCAACUCCAACAGCAUGAUGGUGAACGUGGAGAGCAGCAGGGAGCUGGACGAGAGCCGCAAGGAGGUGAUCCGCAUCCUGAAGGAGCUGAAGCAGAAAUAUCCGGACAAAGAGCUGGACCAGCUGGUGGAGCUGGCAAACUAUUACGCUCUGCUGCACCAGCAGAAGAGCAGAGCCUUCUACCGCGUACAGGCAACUCGGAUGAUGAUCGGAGCCGGAAACGUCCUGAAGAAGCACGCGGCCGACCACGCGCGCCGCACGGCCGUGGCAGACGAGGAGGCGCCCGAGGAGGACGACCUGGCCGUGUGCAGCCGCAUCUCAUUUGAGAGCGCCCACAGCCAGUGCAUGGAGAACUGCGGCGUCCUGAUGCUGGCCGUCACCUGCCAAGGAGGCCUUGGAGAAAACACCUUCUAUGUGGACUACAGAACCGAAGACGGUUCUGCCAAUGCCGGGUCGGACUACGAUUACACCGAGGGAACCCUGGUGUUCAAACCCGGAGAAACGCGUAAAGAGAUUAAGAUUGGAAUCAUUGAUGACGACAUUUUUGAGGAAGACGAGCACUUCUUCGUCCGUCUGCUCAACCUGCGCAUCGGCGAUGCCGAGGGGAUGUUUGAAAGCGACGAAGUGGGCGCCACCCCGAAAGCUCGUUUAGUGGAGCCCCUGGUUGCCACGGUAACCAUCCUGGAUGACGACCACGCCGGCAUCUUCACGUUCAGCGAGCGCACGGCGCGUGUGAGCGAGAGCGUGGGGACCAUGGAGGUCACCGUGGUCCGUAACUCCGGCGCCCGAGGCACCGUCAUCCUGCCGUAUCACACCGAGCCCGGCAGCGCCAAGGGGGGAGAGGACUACGAGGACGUGCAAGGAGAGCUGGAGUUCACCAACGACCAGACCACUCAGACGCUGCAGGUGAGGAUCAUUGACGAUGAAGAGUAUGAGAAGCACGAAAACUUCUUUAUCGUUCUGGAGGAGCCCCGCUGGCUGAAAAGAGGCAUCUCAGCUCUGCUGCUCAACCAGGAGGGGGGAGAGGGGCAGAUGAGCACGGAGGAGGAGGAGGCCCGCAGGAUAGCGGAGAUGGGGAAGCCCAUCCUGGGGGAGCACAGCCGCCUGGAGGUGGUCAUCGAGGAGUCCUACGAGUUCAAGAGCACCGUCGACAAACUCAUAAAGAAGACCAACCUGGCUCUGGUCAUCGGGACGCACUCGUGGAGGGAACAGUUUGUAGAGGCGGUGACGGUCAGUGCAGGUGACGGUGAUGAGGACGAGGAAGGACGAGAAGAGCGCCCUCCGUCUUGUUCUGAUUACUUCAUGCACUUCCUGACCGUAUUCUGGAAGGUUCUGUUCGCCUGCGUCCCGCCCACAGAGUACUGGAAUGGCUGGGCCUGCUUCUUUGUGUCCAUCAGCACCAUCGGGAUCCUCACCGCCGUCAUCGGCGAUUUGGCCUCACACUUUGGCUGCACCGUGGGCCUGCGGGACACCGUGACAGCUGUGGUGUUCGUGGCGUUGGGAACAUCGAUUCCAGACACAUUUGCGAGUAAAGUGGCCGCUGUGCAGGAUCAACAUGCCGACGCCUCUGUCGGGAACGUAACCGGCAGCAACGCCGUCAACGUCUUCCUUGGCAUUGGCGUGGCGUGGUCGGUGGCCGCCAUCUACUGGAACAUCAAAGGAGACAGCUUCAAAGUUGACCCGGGCUCACUGGCCUUCUCCGUCACGCUCUUCACCAUCUUUGCGUUCAUCUGCAUGGCGGUUCUUCUGUUCAGGCGCCGGCCUUCCAUCGGCGGAGAGCUCGGGGGGCCCAGGGUGCCCCGCAUCCUGACCACCCUGCUGUUCUUCGGCCUGUGGUUUCUCUACAUCCUGUUCUCCAGCCUGGAGGCCUACUGCCACAUCAGCGGCUUUUAAAGCGGGAGCAUCUUGCACAGCAACACACACAGCCUAUGAACUUUAACCUUUGGUCCAUACAGUCCACGGCUCACAACGCCCUGCAGGGCUCGCUGCAGUCUGCAGGCGUCCUGGUAUUUGAUGCAAAAACGUGUCCGAUCAUAGACACUUAAUGUACACACAUGUAACUGUGAAUGCAAAUGAGUUCAGUCUGCAGCAGGGAGAUGGAGAAGCUUUGAGGGUGUAAAGAAAGUCAGGUGAAGCUCGGCGCUGAUUCUGCCCCACAGCUGCUUCACCUCCCGGCCAGGUGGAGGCGCUGUUCUGCAGAAUCACUGCUGAUUCCAAGGAGCAAAACCACAGAAUUCAUCCACAUUUCUGCCGUCCUCUGCACUACAGACUUUACAAGUCCACGUUUUUACACUGAAGAGGCGGACAAAAGGAGUCGAAUGUUUACAAAACAAUAACGUUCUGUUUGUUUACUACAGGAUGCUCUCACAGAGACGUGUUUGUCCAACAGGUUGGGUGAAGCAGUCCUCCACGCGCGCUGUAAAUACCAAGGCGAAAUGCAAAAACCUAACUGACUCAAACAAAUCGAAGAAGCCACGUGUCUCUUUGGUGGAUGGUUUCCAUGGUAACCUCUGCGUCUCUGGCAGAGGCUGAUUUUGCAUGCACAGGUCCUCUCUGUCUGCAUCCACCUGUACAUGGCAUCCCUGCAUCUGUGGGUCAGAGACUCUGCUGUACGGAGCAGAGCGGCAGGCGGAACUGAGGAUGCACGCACGAGCAGCUGAGAAGCUUCCAGAAAAACUUGAUUUGCAAUGAAACUCUGCAGCGCUCAGACAGCAAAUGGUGUGUUAGGGAAAACACUGACGCAGUAUUAACGCUUUCAUAAGCUGCUGUUUGUUUAUGCACAGUGUUAGAUCUGCUGACUGACACAUGCAUGGAUGGCUGUAAUUCUUAGAAGUCUUAACACUCAACAGGCUGAAAAAUGACAGUUUAUGGGCGAACGUUGAUGGAGGAACUUCCUUUUUCACAGGCCUGUCAGUGUGCUGCUCCGUAUUUGCAUAGCAGACAUAGAAAGCAGUACUAUGGCAGCGCACGCUACAUCUUACUGAAACCAUCAGUUAACAUCCAAAACAGAUCUGAUGAGUUUACCCACGCUAAGGAAACUUUGUAAACUUUCUAGAGGUGAUUUUCUAGGGCGUCUCCUUUUGUAUUUCUGACCAGCCUGUAGCGUAGGACUGCUCUGUGAAUCGAGGUAGAGUCAGUGAUGCUGUUGCAGAAUUUAGUGGAUUAGGUUUUGAUAUUUUUUGCACUGUGAGGAAGCUGCCCUUUAACCGCCUGAACAGCGUGUGGAUCAUCUGCCGUCUGCGUUGUGUUUUUAUUCAUGAGGAGAGGAGCUGCAGGUCGGAGGUUGGAUGUGAGUCAGGACAGUUCCCCCGUUUGAAUGUUCUUGCGGUCCGAUGUUGCAGUGUUGAUCGUCUCCCUCCGUGCAUCUCUUCAUCCGGUCCUUGUGAAGGAGGGUUUUUUUGUGUGUAAGUAGCAUGUUUACAUGAAGAAACGCCAAGGAACGAUGCCGCUUCUCGCCCACAGGUCCGCUGGACCUGGAGGCUCAGCAGUCGGACUCCGAGUUUCCAACGAUUCGCUGCGUUUCCAUGAAAUUCUGUACUAACUGUGGGCUUUGGCCUUUUGCUGUUCCGUAGCUAGAUGUGAUGCCUCCCUCCUCCAGAGUCCCCCUCUCUCUGUGUCCUCCUCCCUCGUCCUCCGUGUUCCUCUGCACAUGCAUGACGAGUCCCCGUGUGUUUGCAGCAUGGUCUACUGUGAUGGACGCCUACAGGCAAACUUUACUGGAUACUUCACUUUUCAUUUAUUUGCAAACUAUCGUGAAGCACGCACAUAAACACACAUGUAGUUUUCCUUUUGUCAGACAAAUACUACAUUCACAAUAAGUUUGGGAUGUUGUUAUUUAUGAGAGCUUUUCCUGUUCAGUCUGAAUUUUAAAGAAAUAUGUCAAAGUUCCCUUUGAUAAUAUUAUUAAUGAAUGAGAAACAUAAUAUCCAUUAGUUUGUUAUUUAUAACCCCAAAAAUGAAGAAAAUAGACUCAAAUCUAAAAAUAUAAACACUGACCAUGUCACUAGUGGGUAUUUCCUCCAUUGGUCAGACCAUAUGAACCCACUUCCUGAAGUCCAACUGUGACAAUUCUGGCACCAUGUGGUGGAGCAUCAGAAAGUUGGGGGUAUUCUGGUGGAAUUGGUUCUAUAAUGUCUCUGAAGUAAUAACCAUCAGAGACUGGACCAUCCACAAAACCCAAAUCAGUUUUGCUCUGACUGCUGAUGCCUGUCCAAACUGUUGCUCCUCCUCCACCAAAACCAACCCUGGAGACCAUGCUGACCUGCUGACCUCAACGUAUUGCUCACUUCAUCUACCCCAGCAAUGCUAGCUGUGUUUACAUGGACACAAGUAAUCAGAUUAAAAGCCUGAUCGGAAUAAAAAUGCUUUAUGUAAACAUGCCAUUCGGAUGACUUUGAUCAGAAUUUCCAUCUGCUUGAGAUAGGAGGGUUAUGCAGAUUGUUAAUCAGAUUGUGGGUCAUUACUGCGAUGGGUUUUACAUCAUGUGUAGACGCUGUAUGCUCCGAAGAAGUCACAGAUUGUGGUUCAGAGAGCAGAGUAGUCGGACUCCGGAGCUCCAUGUCUCCGAGUAGGAGAGGGUACAUCCACGGCUAAAUGUUGUUGGUUCCAUGUAUUAACCGUAGCCAUAGCCAUCUGUGCGGCUAAGAAAUAAAAGUUUAGUACUGGCCACACAUAUAUAGAAUAUUGCGUGCAAAUAGCCACUUUAAAAAAACACAAUAAAAGCCCUCCAAGAAGAUCGUCUCUCUCCAUGCUGACAGCAGCCAUGUUUGUUAACAAUAGAACUCGCUACUACUUCUUCUCUGGUCGUUUCUGGUAUUUUAGGUAGUUCCAUGCAUGUCAAAAUGGUUUAUUCCGUGUGACGGAUCUAAACGUUGGUUAUAAUCUGAAACACUUUUUAGGGUCCAUGUACACAGUUCAAUUCUAAUCCAAUCUUUGAACAGAUUACAACAUUUUGCACACAGCGAGUGAACAGGACAGUAGAUCAUUAUUGCAUUGUCCAGGUCACAUGGUCAUCACUGAAAACUUGUAUGGGGGUGUCUUCCAGUCAAAGUGGUGGAGUCGAAGGAAUUGUCUGAAAACUCUAGAACCCUCACAUCUGGUAAACGGCCUACAGCUGUUGCUAAACCAUGUCUGAGGUCAGAGGUCCUCGGGUUCUGGUUCUGGUUGUGGUCUGGUACCAGCGGGGCUCCACACCUGGUUUGUCACAAACUCUGACAAAAGUUCUUAGUCUUGAUGCUGGUCUGCUGAUGACACUUUGAGACUCACCAAGUCCACCUGCAACACCUGACUGUCUACUACCAACCUGAAGGAGGCGCUAUGACCAGAUGGAGCGUCUCAUGAUAUCAUGAAAGUUUGAAUGAUGAACUUGGAAUGACUUUCUGGCUAAAUCAGCUUUUUCAUAAGAAUGUUGACGUUGAUGCCACAUUGAAAAGGUUUUUCUUUUAGAUUUUUUUGUUGUUUUUGGCUCCAAUAAGUGAAAUAAGUUUACAUCAUCCUCUGAUUAUUUCACAACACCCCUAACUUACUGUGAGUAUUGUACAGUAUUUGGUGAAUUCAGACGUAACUCAACAUCACAGCGAGCGUGACGUAUUUCAUUUGAGUAAUUUCAGACAUUUUUUAACUUUAUUUGUCUGAUUAAAGGAAAACUGAUUCAUGAAAAAUGAAAGACAAAUAGAAACUAAUUUAUUUUUGUUUUAAUUGUGAUUUUACUGUCUUAUUUAUAUUUUCUAUUUUGACAUUUUCUUAGUUUAUCUUUUCUUAAAGCACUUUAAAAUACCUCAAGUUCUUUUUUUGCUGUACAUUCACACAAAAUAACAUGAACACACACACGCACACCCGUAUAAACACACUGACGUACAUGAUGAAGAUCAGACAAACACACAGAGAAUCCCACAGACUCCUUCUCUGUUGCUGCUUCUUGUUUCGCCCCCUCCCUGUCAAAAACAGACCCUGCUGUUUGCGCAGCGCCCCCGGUCAUCUUUGUUUGUUGGUGUCCAAUAUUUCUGUGUAAGUGUUCAACCACCCCCAGCACCGCCCACCCCCACCCGGCUCUUCAGUGUGUCUCUCUGUGAAAUUGUUUACUGUGAUGAUGAAGAAAAUGUCUCUUUGCCUAAAUCUUUUUAGGGAAUAUACAACUGACUUGUUAUUAUGGUGUGAUAGACAUAUACAUUUAUUCAAUAUUGUAAUAAAUUAACUAAAGAUUAUAUUUAAUUUUUUUUAUGAAAUGGAAAAAAACUCAGAAAAAAUGUCCGUUUUUUUUUUAAACAUGGCAUGAGAUGUACUGUGUUAACGGAAGAACAUGAAGGUCUUUAAUCAAGUGAAGUUGACCUUAGUUAAAUAUAAUUUAUCUAUUUUCAAGGUG